AUGAUACUUCCACCAGAAGUGGUAUACCAAGUGCUAAGUUAUCAGUUCUAUGACUUGAUGGCCAAUGACCAGCCUAGCAAUCCUGAGAAGUUUCACUCAAAUCUGCGCAUCUUCCUGCGGAGCAAUCUUACAGUUAAUAAAACCUUCUACCAUAUCUGCAGGGUCUUGGUAUACCGGUAUCUUAACUUCACUUCCGCUAAAGGCUUUUACAAACUGCUAGAAAGGCUCCGAGGCAGCCCUGAGGUAUUACCCUAUGUUCAAGUCGCCGACUUUCAGGAACUCACUUCCAUUGGUCUUGGAAGAUCCAGUGAAAUGAACAAGAAUAUUAAGAAUCUGACCAACGAAACACUUUGGGAAUUUCUGCGUCUAACUCGUGGAUCCUUAAGGGAGUUUUUGGCCAGCGAACAUAUCCAAGGGGACCUUGACGAGCGAAUUAUACAUUUCUUAUUAAAACCUGGAACCGUCUUAAGCGUCGUGGAUUUCUGUGGAAGCUCUAAGGAUGAUUUCACAACAACGUUUACUAGCGCUGUCAAACAGCUGUACGACAAUGAGGAACCGGUAGAUUACAACUACCAGAUCACAUCGUUGGGACUCAAUGAUUGCACGGCCAUAGCAUCAAAGACUUUAGGGAAACUGCUAAGAACUCUCCCAGAGCUUCAAAAACUAGAUCUUGCACAUACUUCCAUUGAUGACCGGACCCUUAUUAGCGACGUGCCGCACUUGAAGAGCUUGACACAUUUAUCGCUAUCAAUGUGCUCUCAACUCACCCCCAGAGGUCUUCUGGAAUUCUUUAGUUAUCAUCGUGCGGUAGCUGAUGAAGACAAUAUAUCCACUCUUCAGUGGCUCAACCUCCAAGUACAUCCGCAUUCUUCGUCAUGGACAGAUGUUCAGCUUAUGUUCUUGCUAAAGAAGCUGUGUCGCUACGGUCAUAAUAAGACACUACAGUACUUAAACGUUGGAGGUAUGCCUUUGCACUUUAGUGACGAUCUCACUGCUGUGAGGUAUACUCACUACUGGCAUUGCCAAGAUACAUUGCAUUUUAUUAAACUUAACUUUCGUCAACUUAAAAGUUUAAGCCUCAAGGAUAACAACAUCACUAUACCUAAACUGAAGCACUUCCUGUCGCCAUUGGAAAAUUCGGAAGCUCCCUGUCAAAGGCUGAAGUAUUUGAACAUUGUCAACAACGCUUACAUCAACAAAUGGACAAUUCAGGAUCCUGCAUUACUAUCAGACUCAGAACAUUUAUGUGCUCUUGAACUGUCAUUCAACCCAUGGCAACAAAUUGAAGCUUCAAAUUCCCGGCAUGAGAUUAAAUAUCGAGUCUCAGACAAGAAGUCACUAAUUCAAGAUUAUUCUUCGGCUCGAGAGGUAAAAUGGAAGUGCUACAUUGGCGCAGCAUAUGGAAGACGCUACUGGUUAUACAAGACAGACGAAUUUCUCAAUCGCGAUGACAUUGAAACUAAAGGGUAUCUGACGUCGUACGAUGCACGAGGAAACAAGAUAAUAGAGAUCGUAAAACAGCCUGAUUUUCUCAAAUUCGCCCAAACCAAGAUUAUGUUAGGGUGUGGUAUAGUGCAACAGAGCCGAGUUCGUCGAAAUUUGACGUAUCGCGAUCUCAAGGCCCCUGUUUCUCAAUUUUUGAACCGGAACAAAACAUUGGCCACAAAACCGGGCAUUGCCCCACCGCUUCAAAGCCCUAUCAGGCCACCUGGCGGGUGGCGGCUUAUCGACAACGGAAAUACCGAGUCGGAGAUAGAUCUCGGAGAGUCUCCGGACCCCCACAUCGUACCGUCACCGAUUGCUGUACCCGUUCCAGUUCCACUGUCAGCUCCAGCUCCACCCCUUAUGCCUGCCGCACCUGAUUCCAGAAAUGGUUUGUAUUGGGAUCGGUCUAUCCCCAACUUCCAAGAAAGCUUGCACCCCGUGGAAACAGACUCUGAGUAUCUCAAUGACCCUGAGUUGCAACGGCGCAGAUCUAGGUUAAGCUUAUUCGGUGGGAACCUCGAAGCUAGUUGUUUCACAGCCAGACAACAACCACCUGGAAGUGGAUUCUUUUCGAGUGUAGUCGAUCAGGGCUCCCUCGAUCCCCUUGUCAAGGAUAAGGAGGGCCGUUUACUUAACAACUUACCCGAGGAAUACCGCCUCCAUUUAGAAGUUGUUGCUGAGUACACCGUUUUUGGAUGUGUCGAACGUGGUAUGUAUAGAUACUACAGCUUGAAGACCUGA